AAACCCCGUCCCUCUUCUCAAAAUCUUUUCUGCGCCUAAACCCCUCUUCCUUUCUAUAUGGCACUGGACAAAGAAAAGCUUCAGGAAGAAUCUGUAAUACGCCGCUUCUAUCAGAUUGUUCUUAGUUGGGACUACUUUCGUCUUCUCAAGGAAUCUAAGAAGCAGAAGAACAAUGGGGGAGAGACUGGGGAUGGAGAUUCGUCUAGACUGCCCAAAGUGAAGUCUCAGUACAAAGACGUUGAUGAAUAUAUCUCUACUUACGAGCCUCUCAUUUUUGAAGAAGCAAAAUCUCAGAUAGCUAAGGAGAACGAGGACGAAGAGGUGACUGAAUGGAAGUUAGGCGUAGUAAAGAGUUGCACAGAGGCAGAUGGGUUUCAUUUUAUAGAACUUCCUUGUGAAAUCAAGGAGGGUGAAUCAAUAUCGCAGAAUGAUCUUCUACUACUCUCAAAAGAAAAGUUUCUGAAUGGUAAGAAAUUACCUACAGUUUAUGCAUUUGCUUUGGUGGAUCACAUACGUAGAUUUUCUGAGGCCAGACUUCUUCGAGUCAGACUCAAUCUAGCUGGAGAGUUCUCGCAUUUUAAUACAAAUGAUGUAAAGUCUUGCCCGAGACUGUUGAAUAUGCGUUGUCAUAUUUCCGAGCCAGAAAGGCAGCUGUAUUUUCUUAAGAUAUGCAGUUUAUCCACAAUUGCCCGUGAGUAUUUGGCAGUGCGAUCUAUAAGCUUUCUUCCUUACAAGGAUUUGAUAUUAUCAGCUGGUAGGCAGAAUUCUGGUACCACAGAUCAGGGUUGGAAAAUCCCAUUGCCUUUGAAGGAAUACGUUGAAAGUACUUUCAAUCAAUAUCAACGUGAGGCCAUAACAGCUGGUCUUUUACCUAAUGCCUUUGUCUUGAUACAGGGUCCCCCAGGGACUGGAAAGACUCAGACCAUACUUGGACUUCUAAGUACCAUUUUGCACGCAACUCCAGCCAGAGUGCAUUCUAAGAGUGGAGCAUUUGAGCUGAAGCGGGGACCACAGUUGCCAAUUGAGGAAAAAUACAAGCAUUGGGGACUGGCAUCUCCAUGGUUGACUGGCAUUAAUCCCAGGGACAGUUUGAUGCCAAAGGAUGGCGAUGAUGGUUUCUACCCGACCACAGGAAAUGAAUUAAAACCUGAAGCUGUAACCUCAAGUCGCAAGUAUCAUGUACGAGUGCUAGUAUGUGCUCCAUCAAAUUCUGCCUUGGAUGAGAUUGUGUUGCGUGUUUUAAAUGGAGGUGUACAUGAUGAAGGUGACCGUUCUUAUUGCCCUAAAGUUGUGCGUAUUGGUCUUAAAGCACAUCAUUCUAUCAAGUCAGUUGCCCUAGAUGAACUUGUGAAACAGAAGCGGGCUACUGCUAACAAAUCAUCCACUGAUAAACAGAGUAGUGGUCCUACAGGAACUGAUGAUGACAGUCUUCGGGCUGCUAUUUUGGACGAAGCCACAAUAGUCUUCUCCACCCUCAGCUUUAGUGGUUCUCAUGUUUUCAGUAAACUAAAUCGUAGCUUUGAUGUUGUGAUCAUAGAUGAAUCAGCGCAAGCUGUGGAGCCUGCAACUCUUGUUCCCUUGGCCAAUCAAUGCAAAAAAGUUUUUCUGGUCGGAGAUCCAGCUCAACUACCAGCAACUGUGAUUUCAGAGGCAGCAAAGAAUCAUGGGUAUGGCAAAAGCUUGUUUGAAAGAUUGAAAGAGGCUGGCUAUCCUGUGAUAAUGUUAAAGACUCAAUACCGAAUGCAUCCUGAGAUUAGAAGCUUUCCUUCUAGAGAGUUCUAUGAAGAUUCACUGGAAGAUGGGGAAGAUGUCAAAUUCCGGACAGAACGAGACUGGCAUGAGUACUGUUGCUUUGGCCCAUUUUGCUUCUUUGAUAUACACGAGGGACAAGAGGCCCGGCCAGCUGGAAGUGGUUCAUGGGUUAACUCCAAUGAAGUUGAAUUCGUUCUGCUCCUAUAUCAAAAGCUGGUAACAUUAUAUCCAGUGCUGAAGUCUGGUAACCUUGCGAUAAUUUCUCCCUAUAGCCAACAAGUAAAGCUCUUGCAAAAACGUUUUGAAGAGGAGUUUGGAGUGUCAGCAGAGAAAGUAGUGGACAUAUGUACUGUUGAUGGUUGCCAGGGACGUGAAAAGGAUAUCGCAAUCUUUUCUUGUGUCAGGGCAAGCAAGGAGAAAGGGAUAGGGUUUUUAGAGGAUGACCGGCGAAUGAAUGUCGGUAUAACUCGGGCAAAGUCUGCAGUGUUGGUGGUUGGAUCAGCCUCAACAUUGAGGAGGAGUGAGCGAUGGAAUAAGCUUGUGGAAAGUGCUGAGAAGAGAGACGCUUUGUUCAAGGUUGGCAAACCGUAUUCUUCGUUCUUCAGCGAUGAGAAGCUGAAAUCCAUGAAGGUAAAAAUAACAGAAGCACCUCCGUUGGUGGCGGCAGCGGAUGAGACUGAUAAUAUUGUACCACUUGACAAUGCUGCGGCAGAUGCGGAACAAGAAUUACCAGAUUAUGGGGAUGGUGAUGCGGACAUGGAGUAUGCCGGUUAUGAUGAAGAUUAGUUUUGACAAUUUAGAUUGGAUUUAGAUUGUUCAAAAUCGUUAAUAAUCCGGUUUGUCCAGAGUUUUGCUUUUCUUUUCUAAGAUAUAGGUUUUACUUAAUAUAUAUAUCUUCCCCCAA